GGCGGCGGGGCCGGCGUCCUCUUAGCGGCUGGAGACCGACCUGAGAAACAUGCCUGGGAACAAAGAACAAACCUUCAUUGCUGUGAAGCCAGAUGGAGUCCAGCGAGGCAUCGUGGGCGAAGUCAUCAAACGUUUUGAACAGAAAGGGUUUAAACUGGUUGCCAUGAAAUUCCUUCAGGCUCCUGUGGCUCUGCUUGAAAAGCAUUACUGUGACCUUUCGGACAAACCUUUCUAUCCCAACCUGAUUAAGUACAUGAGUUCGGGCCCAGUUGUUGCCAUGGUGUGGGAAGGUUUAAAUGUGGUGAAGACUGGUAGAGUGAUGCUUGGUGAGACCAAUCCAGCUGACUCCAAACCUGGCACAAUUCGUGGUGAUUUCUGUAUUCAGGUUGGCAGGAACAUCAUCCAUGGCAGUGACUCAGUUGCAAGUGCACAGAAGGAGGUUAACCUUUGGUUCAAACCUGAGGAGGUGGUGGAAUACCAGAACUGUGCCCAGGACUGGAUCUAUGAGUAACUCAUUCCACAGAUGCAUGGCUCCAGUCUCUGAAUCAUUCUAAAUUGUCAUCAAAGUUUUAUUUUUUACUGACUUCACACAUGUCUUAGUCCUGAAUGUUGAAGCAAAUAAUCAUGUAAUAAAUGAACUGAAAAAUA